CUGCCCACCCUCCCCACGAACGAGCCUCUCACACAGAUCACUCGGGCCCCUCUCGCCUCUCACCUUUCCAACCAUCCAGCCGGAGGAGACAGGAACAACUUGAGAUUACCCCCUGAAGGUCCUUCAGGACAGCUUGUUCUGAUGUGUCGCCUGUGAUUCCAAGCUCCAAGGGCAGCUAUGUCUCGGAUCGCCACCAUGACAACGAGGGAGAGGAAAAUGCAGGCGGCAGCAAUCUGCAGGGAAGUUCAUGCUCAGGAUGAUUUUCCGAUGGAUCUCGGGAAGAAAAUGAGCGUUCCCAAAGACAUCAUGCUCGAGGAGCUUUCUCUUGCCUCUAACCGCGGGUCCAGACUCUUCAAACUGCGCCAGAGACGCUCAGAAAAAUACACUUUUGAGACUGUCCACAAUCAGAACAACAUGCAGUUAAAUCACCAACGGCAACGAGGACAACUCUGGCAUCAACCAACCAUCUCUGGAUACAAAAAUGAUACCAAAUCCAGACAGCAUUGCCCCAGGAUAUGGAGGUCCGUUGAAAGACAUCCCUCCAGAGAAGUUUAACAGUACAGCCGUGCCGAAGUCGUACCACUCACCCUGGGAGCAGGCCAUUAUCAACGACCCCGCACUGGCUGACACACUAAUUACCCGAAUGCCUCACAUGGAGCCUCAAGCAGAGUGUCCGGGAUACAGGAGCUUCAACAGAGUGGCAACCCCCUUUGGUGGAUUCAGCAAAGCGCCCCGUCCAGCUCCUGACAGUCCACUUCAGGUGGACACCCUCCCAGAGGCCGACGGGGCGCCACACCGACCAUCCUUCAACAGAUCCGCUCUGGGCUGGGCGUCUACUGCCGGGCCAGCCGCGCUCCCGACCGUUUGCCCGGAGCUCGUUCUCAUCCCUGAGUCAGAAGACCUUUGAGUCUUUGAAGGAGGAACACGAAGAUGCUGACGAUGCAGUUUGUGGGUGGGAUGUGAGGGAAGGAAAACAUCCUGUGAGGUUUAGGAUGUGUGUGUGUGUAUGCAGAACGUUUCUCUCAGUUUUCUGCAACAUAUGUGUAAGAUAUUGUAUUUAAAUGUUCAUAGAUGUUCAGUUUCUCUUGUAGAACAUUUUCUGUCCUAAAUAAAGUUGUAUAAAGACAACAGACACAACCCUGUGAACCUACAAUUGAAAUAAUGGUAAGUUGAAUGUCUAUUAAAACUCAUAAUAUGGUUUAAGUUGACUAAAAUAUCAACAUUAAAAGCAUUUUUCCCCA